AUGUCGUUUAUUGCCUUUAAGCCUGAAAAUGCGUUGAAAAGAGUGGAAGAACUUAUCCUUGUCGGCCAGUCGUCGCUUGCAUUUCAGAAUUUACAUGACUUGAUUAUGUCCAAGCGCCUCAGAUAUAACCAAGUAAAUUACGAAAACAUCAUGCUUCGGUAUAUAACACUUGCGGUGAACAUGAAAAAAGGAAAAAAUGCAAAAGAGGCGCUCACGCAAUAUAGAAACCAGACUCUGUUCUCUAACCUUAGCUCCUUCGAGCAGGUGAUGCUGAAGUUUGUGGAGAGCGCUGAAAGCAAAGUACCUUGUGAUCUCCAUGUUGCAUCCGAGGUAGAGGAUUUUGAUUCUUCAGAUACGCCUGAAUCGGCUAUUGAAAGAAUUCUAAACGGUGAAGAUGAAGCAGACUCUGGAUUCGUCAACACACCAGAUUCUGAAGAUUCGUCCACUACAGCAAUUCGCUUUCUUUGGGAAGCAUAUAGAAUUUCUUUAGACAUUGUGCGAAAUAAUACAAAGCUUGAAGUGUUUUACCGCUUUGUAGCGACCAAAGCAUUUGAAUUCUGCGGAAAGUAUGGCAGGAAAUCCGAAUUUCGUCGUCUUUGUGACGUUUUGAGAAACCACCUGUCUCAAAUCAUAAAGACCAUUCCAUCGAGCAUGUCACACAGUGGGAUAUCUCUUCUAAACCAGGAGAGCAUGAUUAUGCAAAUGCAGAUCCGGUUUACGCAGUUGAAUACGGCGAUUCAUCUCGAGGUUUGGCCGGAGGCAUUCAAAUCAAUCGAAGAUAUUUACGAGCUUCUGUGCAUCAACAAGAAAGGCAUUGUGGACCAUCAACUGAUGAUCAAUUACUAUGAGGCAUUGACGAAAAUCUUUCGUGUGUCAGGAAAUUCUCUGUUUCUUGCAGCCGCUUGGAAUAAAUAUCUGUCAUUUGUUGGCUCGCAAUCGGAAACGGUCCCACAGGCAAAACUGCAGGAAUUGACCACCUGCACGCUCCUAUCCGCACUUUCGGUUCCCAUUCAUAUCUCCUCGAAUUCGCCGUUUAAGGACCUUCUCAACGAGUCGGCAAUGGACUACCAGGAAUCUCAGUUAUCUAGAGAUUCAAAAAUAACGGCCAUGAUGGGGCUCUCGAAAAUCCCUACCAGGGAUCAACUGAUCUCCGAGGCCUCAUCCUUGCACUACUGGAACCAUGUGGAUACAGAUGUUAAGGUCUUAUACGAGAUUUUAUCUGCUUCUUCGGAAACGGAGUCUCCGUUUGCGAUCAGCGAAAAGCUACUAGCCACUUUAUCUCGGCUCAACUCGAAAAAGGUUUAUGUUCAGUUUAUGCCGAUUGUCCAAAAGACAAUAUUUUCGUCCCUUUUUGAGAAAAUCAUCACCAGUUUGCCGCAAAUUUCUUUCGAUGAUCUUUUGACGAUCUCAUCAAAUAUUUUCCUCUCCAAAAUCUCUCUCUUUGAUUUGGAGAUUGCAGUUUUGCAAGAGGCUCAGCACUAUUCUCAAUCUUUCAAAAUAUUAAUUGACGAUCUCACUCGCACCUUUUACAUCAGGCCCGUCUUUGAUAUCGACUCGAUUUUGGCACCAGUUUUUGAGCCCAUUAAAGUGGACCUUUCGGACGCCGCUUUGGCCUCUCCGCUUGACGAAAAUUCUGUGCCGGAAAGCAACAAUUUAGGGUCGAUUGAAGCCCAAAUUUCGUCAAUUCUGCCGUUAAGAUCCGCGGCGUUUACUCCAGAGUCUAUCUCAAACCUGAGCAAGAUGCUUCGUGAAAUUAGCCUUGCCCUUCAGCAUGAGCAAUAUUUGAUCCAGCUUAAUAAGGAAAUCAUUGCUCAAAAUAAACAGACUUCAGAGGCCGUGUCCAAAGCAAAGGAGCUGAAAGAAGCAGCUGAGCUUGCCGAAAAGGCUAGUGUAGAACAGGAGUUAUUCCGUGCCCAAAGAGCCGAACUAUUAGAAGCGCAUGAGCAGGAGCGAAAAAAAAACGAGCUUCUUGAAAUUCAACUGCUGGAAAAGAGGAAGCUUAUCGACCAAGUGGUUCAGAAAAUUUCUGGCUACGGCAAGACUAUUGAUCCAAACACACUUUUAUCGAUGUCUCGCGAGGAGAUCCUUAGGGUGCAAGCAGAAUUGCUGGCUGAAGGAAAAAGAGAGGUGGAGAAAAAGGUAUCCGCCAUUGCCAAAAGAAUGGACCAUUUUGAGCGCGCUCUGCGCCAAGAGGAGCGACCCAUUCUCACCAAAGAUUAUGAGGCCCAACGCAUCCUCGAUCAAGAGAGUCAUGUAAUUCUUAAUGAAAAAAAGCGCGCUUUGGCAGCUGCUAAACAUGCCCUUCAGAUGGCCACAAUCAAAAGUGCCGUUCUGCGUCAAGAAGAGGCCUCUUCCUAUUUUGAGGCAUUAAAACAUGCACGUACGGCAGCAAUUAGCGAUGUUGCCGAAAAAAUGGCCAAGGAUCUUUCUUUAGCCAAGGAGGAGCGUAUUGCAAAGGCCACCGCAGCUUUGCUUCAGAAAAAGGCAGAUGAAGAGUAUAUUUCCAAAAAGCGGGCCCAGGAGGCAGAGGCCGCUGCUCGCUUACAAAAGCAGCAAGAGAUGCAGCGGGCGCGAGAGGCUGAAAUUGAAGCCAAGCUUGAAAAGCAGCGAUCCUCGAUCGGCAGUGCAUCAAGCCCCUCUUCAAUCCCAACCCCAGCCCGUGCAUCAACCACCGGUUACAAGAAGAAGCAUUAUUAUUAA